AUUUUCUUUUUGAAUCCGGAAGUGGAUUCCACCCCGCUGCCAUUAUUACAGGCACAUUCGACGUUUAGGAGGAAUUGACCGAGUUCACAAUAGUCAUGGCGGAACAAGGAGAUGACCUGACUCCAGAUGAAACCCCAGGAUACAAACCCCCUGCUGAGAAGAAGCUAGCAGAAAUGGUGAACCUCGAUACAGAGGAUGAGAGCUUGCGGAAAUACAAGGAACAGCUCCUUGGCACUGCCGCUAUUGGUGCUGAAAAUACUGCACCCUUUCCUGAAGACCCUAGGAAUGUGAUAAUCACAAAGAUGGCAUUACUUGUUGAUGGAAGGCCUGAUGUGGAGUUGGACCUCACAGGUGACCUCAGUAAAAAAUUUGACAAGAUAACCAUGAAAGAAGGAUGUAAAUAUAAGAUCAAAAUUUACUUUUAUGUUCAGCGUGAAAUUGUCCCCGGAUUAAAGUUUGUGCUAAAAACAUCUAGGAAAGGAAUUUCAGUGGACAAAGAAUCCCAUAUGGUUGGAAGUUACGGUCCCAGGAAGGAGAUUCAUACCUACACUACUCCACCAGAGGAUUGCCCGUCUGGUAUGAUAGCCCGCGGCAAUUACAGCGUUAAGAGUCUCUUCACUGAUGAUGAUAAAAAUGAAAUUCUCAGGUGGGAAUGGCAUUUUGAGAUCAAAAAGGACUGGGACUAAAUGCAGACAUCAGUUAUAUAAUGUUAGUCUAAAUACAAACUGAAAUAAACUCAGCGAUAACCUUUAUCAUGUAGCCUGAGAGAUGAGGAUACAAUGAAAUAUGGUGAAAUAUGCAGUUUUAUGGUGCAUACAUCAUUGAUAUAUGUGAAAUUCUGAAAGAAUUUUGCUAAUUUUUCAUUACCAAAAAGGUAUAGCAUGCAGAAUGUAUAUGAAGAAAUGCAUAAAUCUGAAAUGGGCUUUAACUGUGCUUUUACAUUAGUAGCAGCAGAACCUUAUCUCCAUUUUUAGAAGGAUGUAAUUUAUGCUCUCAUUCCAAAGUCCAUACAAAGGGCUUCCAUUCAAAGUUUAUUAUUCCAUGGGUUGCUCAUUUUUCCAAUUUUCCCCCAGAUUUUUGUUACGUUAAUAUAACUUCCAGCAAAACAAGAACCUGUAUAAAAAGUUGCAGCAUUUUAACCACCAGAAUUGACAAGCUGUAUACAUUGAAUCCUGUACAGGGUUUGGUUAUAUAAGGUCACAAGUUAAUAAUUUACCUAACCGCAGCUACAGUAUGUGUCCGAGUUGUUAAUUUAGGCUUAAAGGUUGUAUAAUUUGCACUUCCUUUUUCUUAGCCUUUCAUCAGAACUAUAAUGGUGACACUUUUCUUGUAAGUUCUUUUGCAAGGACAUAUCAGGAGUAACAUGACUGAGUUCACUGCAAGUGCAGCUGUUAUUUAUAACAUAUGUAUGUCUGGAUUUUUUCUGAUCUUGUGUGAAAUCUGAAAGUGAGAGGCCCAUUUAUGUCUCCCCAGCAUCCUCAUCAACAUGUAUGAUAAUGUAUCUGAACAGCUUUCUUUUGAACUGGCUUAAAUUCGAGGGGAAAAAUAUCCCUAACACAGAUUUUUAUUAUUUUUUAUUUAUUUAUUUAUUUAUUGUUAUUAUAAUUUUUUUUUUUUUUUUUGUAUAAGAAUUUAACAACUUAUUUUGGAAUGAUCUUACAUUGUCUUUCAAAGUGAAAAUUUGUAUGAUAAGACUAUAUUCAACAGCUUGAAAAGUUGCAAGAAAUCUGUAUGAGAAUCAUGCAAUGCCUCCACAUUUAUGCAGGAGAUAGAAAACUACCUUAUACCAUACCUUAAAGUUGAAAUGGAUUUUAAUGUGCUCAUUGUAAGCAGAUAAGGCUACUUAUUAUAUAAUUUGUAUACAAUAAAAAUUCAAAUUAAAUGGCAAAGGAUAAUCAUGAAUGUUUUAGAGAAAUAAUCCUUUAUGUUAAUGAAGAUACAUAUAGUUAUAAAAUGAUUUUAAGGGAAAAUUUAUUUACUUACGCAUAACAUUUCUGCACUGCUAUUUGCAUAGUUGUUAUUGAUACUUUUUCAAGGUUGAUGGUAAUGUUUAGGUAAAGCAGGUUAUAAUUAACUUGUUUAAUCCAGCUGGACAUUUAUUAAGACAGAAGUAACUAUAGUUUCCUCAAAUUAUUUCUAUCAUAACAGUGAUGUAGGCUAGUUUAUAGCACCAGUGGACCUGCAGCUUUUUAAUUGUGGAACAAUGUAGAUGAGGCAUAAAAUAUAGAACAAAAUGUAGCUGAGAAAAAACUAGCCAGUGAUAAAUAAAAUGUAGUAUCUAAGGUUGUUUGUUAUGACUUUUACAUUGUGUUUGAGUGACAUUAUUACUAAAAUUUUGACUUGCCAUGAAGACUAACAUUUAGGGCAAAAAAGUUGAUUACAUUUAUGCAAUUCUUUAUGCUUUCAAAAUAUGGACCAAUAAAAGCUUUAGCUCUGUGUCA